AUGAAGCUCAUAACGCAUAACAUGUUAACAUCGAAGUGCUUAAAAGGUGUCAUGACUGGAUAUCCUCUGGCUAUAAAUGCUACAGAUGUAAAAGUAACAGAAAUUGACUUUAAUCCAGAAUUUAUAACGCGUGUUAUUCCGAAAUUGGAUUGGGAAGUUCUCUGGGCAGCUGCCAAUAGUAUUGGCCAUGGUGAUGGUCUACCCAAAACUUUAGAACCAAAAUACGAAGAAAAUGAAGAGUUUUUGAAGAAAGUACAUAAAGUCUUACUUGAAGUAGAGGUUGAAGAAGGAAAUCUCACUUGCCCAGAAUCCGGCAGACAGUUUCCCAUCUCCAAGGGAAUUCCAAAUAUGUUGUUGACAGAAGCAGAAGUACAAUAA